AUGAGGCGGAGGCUGCGCCUCCGUGGGGACGCGUCGCUCACGCUGCUCCUCGGCGCCGCCCUCGGUCUCCUUCUCUACUCACAGCGCGAAGGCGCGGCCCCGACGACUAGCGCCCCGCGAACCCACAGGAAGGCAGCGCCGGAGCCCAGCCCCGGACUCCGGGUCUUCCAAGCAUCGGACGCAGGCGCAGCCCCAGCCCCGCCGGCCUACGAAGGGGACACACCGGAGCCGCCCACACCCACGGGACCCUUUGACUUUGGCCGCUAUCUGCGCGCCAAGGACCAGCGGCGCUUCCCCCUUCUCAUUAAUCAGCCGCGCAAGUGCCGAGGAGAUGGCUCACCUGAAGGUGGACCCGACUUGCUCAUCGCGGUCAAGUCAGUGGCGGCGGACUUCGAGCGGCGCCAAGCCGUGCGCCAGACGUGGGGUGCUGAGGGCCGCGUGCAGGGGGCGCUCGUGCGCCGCGUGUUCUUGAUGGGCGUGCCCAGGGCCGCGGGCACAGACGGGGCAGAAGCGGAGGGGGAGGGCACGCGAACCCACUGGCCUGCCCUGCUGCGUGCUGAGAGCCGGGCGUACGCGGACAUCCUGCUCUGGGCUUUCGACGACACUUUCUUCAACCUAACGCUCAAGGAGAUCCACUUUCUGGCCUGGGCCUCGGCCUACUGCCCCGACGUGCGCUUUGUUUUUAAGGGCGACGCAGACGUGUUCGUGCACGUGGGGAACCUGCUAGAGUUCCUAGCGCCGCGAGACCCGGCGAAGGACCUGCUCGCGGGUGAUGUGAUCGUGCAGGCGCGGCCAAUCCGUGUGCGGGCCAGUAAAUACUACAUCCCCGAGGCGGUGUAUGGCCUGCCCGCCUACCCGGCCUAUGCUGGUGGUGGGGGCUUUGUGCUUUCAGGGGCCACGCUGCGUCGCCUAGCCGGCGCCUGCGCACAAGUUGAGCUUUUCCCCAUUGACGACGUCUUUCUGGGCAUGUGUCUACAGCGCCUUCGGCUCACACCAGAGCCCCACCCUGCUUUCCGCACCUUUGGCAUUCCCCGUCCUUCAGCAGCUCCGCACUUGCGCACCUUUGACCCCUGCUUUUACCGGGAGCUGGUUGUAGUGCACGGGCUCUCAGCCGCGGACAUCUGGCUUAUGUGGCGCCUACUGAAUGGGCCCCAAGGGCCAGCCUGUGCCCGUCCGUGGCCUGUCGCUGAUGGCUCUUUCCAGUGGGGCCCUUAGCCACCUUCAUGGCCCCAAGCUCCCCUCACUCAGACCCAGGACGACUAUUGCCGUGUAUGUAGUUCUUUCCCAGAGGUGGAAGAUUUCAAAAUCUAGCCCAUAUCCCCGGAAGUCUGCCUCCAUAAGUCCCCAGGGAGUUAAGAUUGAGCUUGGCUCUUGCUGACCUACCUUACUGGGAUCUGAUGUAGAACCAACCGAAUGGUAGCCCUUUGAGACAUCUAGGGUUGAGGCCUUAGGGCACCAGGCUCUGCCAAUCAGACAUGUUUGAUCCUCCUAGUACCAAGUAGGUUUUGGGGGGUUGGGGAUGGGUGGUUGCAGAGGCUCAUAGAAUCUAACCAUACUGCUUGAUUUGGAAGUCUUAGAGUGAUCCAAAUGCGGGUCUCUCUCAAGGCUGGAGGAGGUGUGGGGGCCUGGAACUGGCAGGCAUUUUGUUACAACUUACUCUGAAGGUAGGCACUGUGCUUCCCACCUGCCCCUCCAAACUGGAUUUUCAGCCCUGUACUGAUCUUUAGAUCUUCUUCUAGAGGUCUCCUUUCCCUAAGCCAACCCCUCCUGGGCCCUGGUCUGACUGGAACACCAGCGAUGGAGGAACAUAGGGACAACCAAGUGCACAGUCCUACCUGAAGUCUUUCUCUGCCACCUAAGGAUUUACACACACAACAAUGCUAGUCUCCUACCAGGGGCUGUGCUGC